UUUGAAUGGGAACAGGAACAGGAAGGUUUCUGGAGGCUUAGCUAAAUAUUAGCUAGGUAAUCAACCAAACCCUUGCAUAAUAUGUAGCUGUUAGCCCUUACUGAAUCAUAAGUCACUCUGAAUUUGGUUGUAUUUCCAGCGGCUGUUGACAUGACGUGGCAAAUAAGACUGACGUUACGGACAUGACUUUGACGUAAACAUCUGCCCGACGAGGUAAGGCUAAUGCUAGUUAUGCUAACGCCAUAGAGUCGGCCUAGCGCGUUAGCUCACCUAAAGCAGCUCCUCCAGCCUCCAAAACACCCGGAGCCUCGGUGAAGCCCUCCUGUUUCAGUGACUCUACCUGUUGUCAUAUUUAUUAAAGAGCUUGUUGGCUCCGUGUUGCUCUCGGCUGGUUGCUCUCCGGCCGGGAACACCGUGACCUGUCACCCGGUGGCGAGCAGCUGCUAGCACGGCGCUGAGUGUUGUUGUUGUUGUUGUUGAUGACACUCCCAGGUUGUGAGCUGUCUGAUGAAGGGGUCUCUGCAGCAGGAAGGAUGCAGCAGAAGAGGAACAUCCAGAUCAUCGAAUGGGAGGACUUGGACAAGAGGAAGUUCUACUCCUUCGGGGUGUUCAUGACCAUGACCAUCCGGGCCACCGUCUACCCGGCCACGCUCAUCCGCACCCGGCUGCAGGUGCAGAGGGGCAAGUCGCUCUACAGCGGCACUUUCGACGCCUUCUUCAAGAUCCUGAGGACGGAGGGCGUCCGAGGCCUGUACCGCGGCUUCAUGGUCAACACCUUCACGCUCAUCUCUGGCCAGGCCUACAUCACCACCUACGAGCUGGUGAGGAAGUACGUCUCCCAGUAUUCCACCGACAACACGGUCAAGUCGCUGGUGGCGGGAGGCUCGGCCUCCCUGGUGGCUCAAAGCAUCACCGUCCCCAUCGACGUCAUCUCUCAGCAGCUGAUGAUGCAGGGCCAAGGGGAGCACCUCACCCGCUUUCGCAUCAAGUCCAAAGCAGACGGCGGCAAGCCCGACAGAAUGUUCAGGCAAACCAGAGACAUUAUUGGACAGAUUUUUGCCGCUGAUGGUUUCCGUGGCUUCUACCGGGGAUAUGUGGCGUCUCUACUCACCUACAUCCCAAACAGUGCUGUCUGGUGGCCUUUUUAUCAUUUUUAUGCAGAACAGCUGUCAAAACUGGCUCCCAGUGACUGCCCUCAUCUGAUCCUGCAAGCCAUGGCUGGGCCACUCGCUGCUGCCACUGCCUCUACUGUUACCAACCCAAUGGAUGUGGUCAGAGCCCGAGUGCAGGUUGAGGGCAGGACUUCAGUCAUCGAGACCUUCAAGCAGCUGAUCGUCGAAGAGGGCUUCUGGGGUUUGACCAAGGGACUGUCGGCACGCAUCAUUUCCUCCACGCCCACCGCCAUCGUCAUGGUGGUCGGUUACGAGACGCUGAAGAAACUGAGUCUGCGGCCCGAGCUGGUGGAUUCGAGACACUGGUAGAAUGAGGAAAAGGACGAAUAUCGAACAUGGACCAUACGCCAUUUAACGCCCCCAGUCUGAGGAGCCCUGAUGCAGUUUAGUUGAAGGGAAGCGGCCCGGUCCAGCCCGGCCGCUCUGCGUCUUUUCUCACUCCAGAAAGGCUCCAACAGUCUCCACCUUCUGUGAUUCCCUCUCUUCGCCUUUUAAAGCGCUGCCUUCUUCAUGUUAAAUUAAGACUAGCGAUCUUGUUUUAAAAUCAGUGAUGAGUGAGACGAAUGGUAGGUUAUAUUAGAGUUAAUGUGAUUAUCUGUGUAUGUUGGUUUGCUUUAAAGUGGACCCGUAACACACUGAACUAACUGCAGCGAAUUAUCCAUCUGUGUUUUAGUUGUUAGGAUAGCAAAUUAUCUUAAGCGUUAGCAUUUUGUUGAUACUGCUGGUAAGACUGAUGCACGGCUGAUAGAUGUGAGGUCAUUUUGUCGUACCCCAGCUGCCAUUCUUGCCAUUAUUUAACUUGGGAGGUGGAAAAUACAUUUUAAAUGGUGAUUAUAUUAUUAUGAAAGACACUGGUUGAUCAAGAAAGACCAAAAGUCCUAGUAAAGUCUGUUUUCAGGCUGUAUUCAUAAUCUAUCAUAAUCUUGUUCUUAUCACCAUCAUGUCAAAAUUGGCCCAUGUUCCUCAAAGUAUAUAUUUUUAAUUAAUCUGAUGAUAAACGAGGUAUAUGUGCAGGAAACAGAGCCAAAGCAAAUCCCCAGAAAAGUUGAUUUCAAAGCAGUAGACACUUUAAAAAUGCAGAGAUGUUGACGUUUUAUUGAGAUGUUUGUAGUUUUCCGGCGUUGUAAAAAAAAAAUACUGCAUCAAAUAAGUUUGUAGCAAACUGCUGAUUAGCUGUAUUUGAGUGUUUUGCAGGGAACGCUGAGGACACGGGCCGUAAGUUUGGAGUAUUUCCAUGGUCUUUGCUGGAAUAUCAGCGACAAACUGAGAGAAGCCGUGGGAGAUUUGGGGGCAGAGGGCAGGAACAGCAUUCAGGUCCCGUGCCGCUACACUGAAUCUGAGUGCAAUCUGUGGAAAUGUUUUAUUUUUUGCAAAAUGUCGUUGAAUAUUUCUUGUUGUUUGUGUAAAUAACCUUUCCUUUAAAAUAAGGCAUUAACUUUUCAGCUAAUCUAAAUUUGUUUGUUUCACAUCUAACUCUGUGGGAUUAUGACCUCAGCAGUGGUAAAACUUUGCAAACCGGCAGUUUGAUAUUUGUUUGUUAUUUAACUUGCAGAAUUUUGAGGUCAGUUGACGGUCACUUUAAAGGAACACUCCAACAUUUUGGGCAAAAUCGCCUUUUUCCAGACUGAGACCAGAUGUUGGACACUAUUCUCACCUCUGUACGUCCAGUGGUUCAGUUCCUGUGGGUAGCAUUUCGUGUUAGCUCAGCAUAAAGACUUGAAGUCUAUAGGAGUCAUUAGCCUAGAUCCGUCAAAAUGAAAAAACAGACCUUACAGCGGCUCUGAAGCUGUUUUUAUUAGUGCCUCGGAGUGAAGCUCAGAAGUCACUAUUGUUAUCCUGCGUGUUUCUUAUUCUUCAUCUUCAUCUUAUUAUUAUAGCGAAUUUCGGUUCGCUACUCCUCCCACAGUUUCAAAGAUACCUACGACAUUAUAAUUAUGAAAACAUGCGUCUCAGUCGGGAAUAGUGUGCUAUGACUUCUGUAUAUUACUGGAGUUACCAUAGCGACAAAAAUCCAAAAGAACCGGGCCACAUGUCCCAUCCGCAAUGAAUGGCCAAAACUUCCCAAGGCUCCAAGGCGCAGAGCUUUUGACCUGCGUCCACGCACCAAAUAGGAAAAACGCGUGUCUUGUGGAGAAGAAGCGGUGUGUCGAUUUUCAAACCGUUCGGACUUUGCCAUUUCUCGUAAUUCCAGUUUCAAAUCGCGAUUUCGCCCUCAUUGAAAAAUAAUGGGGAAUCGGCUGACACACAGCUCUCUCAUUCUUUGGCCCACAGACUCCAUUCAAGGCUUAAACACGUCAGCAGAAGUUCAACUUUAUGGGUGUAAUCUUAAAUUUUUCAUGUCUGUUUUAGUUUGGCAUAAAACACAGUUUAAGUUUGGAGUCAUUGUGG